CAACUGAAUUCAGGUAUUGCUGCAGCAAGGGUGACUUCUAUACCCGGUAUGGAACAACAACUAGCUGAAACUGGCCAAAGAAAUCCCAAUUUAAAACGAUCAAGAAAUGCUCACAUCAAGACAGUCAAGAGUAUCGACCAGCAAAACAGACGUAUGAAAGACUAUCCUAACAAACUAAUGGAACUGGAAAGGCAAAUACAGGCAGCACGACGAAGGGAGACAGCAUCCAUGCUGAUGGACAAAUGGGGCACGCCUAUUGGUAAGACUGAAUAUAUGUUAUAUUGAGAUUGUAUGAGAUUUAUAACCAACCAUUGCAAUUUCACAGUGGUAGUGCUUCUUUCUAUUCUACUCGCUUUUGCGUUCAAUAGCUGAUUGCUUAAGAACAGCAAUCAAUACAUUUCACACACCGUGUGAUUGUACAUAUUCAUCAUACCUUCUCACAUAUACCAAACAAAGUUUUAACAUAGCUCAAUUUCAAAGUUAAUGAGCAUCAUCAUAAAUCAUGUUGACGAAUACCUUUCCAAAAGGAUAUUAUAUAAUAUACAUAGUUACUUUAAUCGCUCAGAUAAAUGAUGCUAGAUGAUGAUGAUUGCAUGUAAAAUUAUGCAUAACUACUGGACCUUCUUCUGGCUUUGU